ACCCCUCGACUGUGACUGUCAGAUACUGAACUGAGGAAGCUUCUUAGGCAAGCCCCAGCUUCUCUCACAGAGCGCAGCCUCGUCUGUUUUAGACAUUUAUCAGCUCGGCAGCCGAGCAGACGCACGCUGUCCUAGCGCUGCUGGCAAAGCCCACACAGCCUGGGAACGGCGGAAAUAUUUAGCCUCGCAAAACCUGCAAACCACUGACUUCCGUCAUGAGACUAUGGCUUUUACUUGCCGUGUCAUUUUUCUGCUGGAUAAGCUACAGUGUUGCCAGAGAGCAGAAUCCGAAUCGUCCAAUGGCUCAAGGAAGACGAAGGAGGGGGAAGAAAAUGGCUCGACAAGGCAGGGUGCCAGCGAAUGGUGGAUAUAACGGAGCAGCGGUUUUUAUUGAAUCUUAUAAAGAGGUAGAGGAACCAAAACCGAACUACAAUGUUAUUCCAGGGAACACAGGACAGUGUGUUUUUCAGGGUAUCACCAUGUUUGAUAAGACUGUGUGGUCACCGAAGCCCUGCGUCACCUGCUUAUGCUCCGAUGGGAAUGUAGUGUGUGAUGAAAUGCGGUGUCCGCUCUUACAAUGCCAACUGAAAUUUAAACCCAUCGGACAGUGCUGCCCAAUCUGCAUCGACGCUACUCAUGAAGUCUCCGAACACUCCGGGGAUUCCCCUGUUUAUAACGACCUGAGCAUCCCUGAUGGCGGAUUUCUGCCUGAUAAAAGCCUGAGGAGAGAAAAAUACAAGGAGGAAGAGGAAAGGCACUUGAGAAAAGAUGCUGAACGGAAGAGGAGAAAGAAGCAAAAAAAGGAGACAGAAAAACAGAGGAAACACCUGGAAGAGCAAGAGCGGGAAAAGAAAAAGUUAAAAGAGGAAGCUGAGAGGAAAGCAGCAGCAGAGGAAGAAGAGAAGAGGAAGAGGAUGGAGGAGCUCCAGCGAGUAGAGGAAGAGAGGAUAAGGAGAAGGGAGAAGGAACAGAGGGAGAUGCUGAGGACUUUAGAGGAGGCAGCAGAGCGACCACAGAAUGAACCUGGAGCAGACGAAGAAGAGGAGGAGGAGGAAGAGGAGACUGUGUGGUUAAGAGGGGAUGUUUUCCAGAUGCCACCACAGUUGCCUACCCCUCCGGAAUUUCCACCACCGACUGAACCACCGGAGACCAGUCACGCUGGAGAGGGAGAUGAUGUAGAUGAGGAAUCGGCACGAAUUAGCUAUGUGCUCCCUCAAGGAUGCACAAUCUCUGAUGUCAUCGUCUCCUGCGAAAAUGCCAAACUCACCAGUAUUCCUCCUCUUUCCAUCCCUGAGCUCAAAUCCCUCAAUCUACAGGGAAAUGAAAUCACUACUAUUCCAGCAGAAGCAUUUAAUGGUGUAUUGAAUUUGGAGUGGAUAGAUUUAGGAAAAAACAAGAUCUUAUCAUCUGGAAUUGAUCCACAAGCGUUUUCCAAGCUUAAAUCUUUAACUAGGUUAUACAUGGAUGGAAACUUGCUCCAACACAUUCUUCCUGGGCUUCCACAUACGCUAGAAGAAUUUAAGAUCAAUGAGAACAACCUCCAAGAGAUUGAUGAGGGUAGCUUUGAAGGUCUGAGCAAUCUGGUUACAUUGGAAAUGGAAGGGAACUUACUGAGCGAAGCAAAUGUAACUCCCCAAAGCUUCACACCACUGAAACAGCUCACCUACUUACGGAUGGGCAGGAACCACUUCCGCACCAUCCCUCAAGGCCUACCAGCAUCUCUGCAGGAGUUGCAUCUUGAAAACAAUUUAAUUGAGGAAAUACCUGAUGGAGCUUUUAACCAAAGCAAAAACCUCAACGUCAUUGUGCUAAGACACAAUAAAAUAGAUGAGUCACGGAUCGCGCCCUUUGCCUGGAUCAAUCACAGGAAUCUGGAAUCAAUAGAUCUGUCACACAACAAGCUCCAUUUGGUUCCAUCUUUCCUGCCAAAAUCCCUGGUUCACCUGGUUUUGGUCGGCAAUCAGAUUGAACGCAUUCCAGGAUACGUGUUUGCACACAUGGAGCCUGGCCUUGAAUAUCUGUAUCUCUCCUACAACAAGCUGGACGGAGAAGGGGUGGAACCAGAGUCUUUCUUCGGCGUAUUGAACACUAUGACUGAGCUAUGUCUAGACAACAACCAACUGACCAGCAUUCCCUUCGGUGUCAACGAGAUGACGUCGUUACAUUUCCUCAGGCUUAACAACAACAACAUAAGGCACAUCGGUGAGGAUAAUAUCUGCGACCCUUUGAACGAUGAGGAUUCGCACAUAGUAGCAUUGCGCCUCGAGAACAAUCUGCUUGACCCCCGGAAGAUUCCUCCAACUGCCUUUUCAUGUGUUCGCUCUUAUUCUAGUGUUGUUUUGAGGCCUCAAAGAAUGAAAUAAUCAUAUAAUGAAGCCUUAAGCAUGUUAAUAGUUUUUUAAUACAGUGUCUCAAAAAACUGAGAGGAGGGAAGGAAUUUCUCCAAACUCUCCAUCCUGUAGUGUUUUGCAUGAAGGUCGCUGUUUAAUAUGUUGAUCAUUUUAUAAGACAAGGGCCUUAAUUCGUUAGUUAUGAGAAAUAAGAUGUGGCUACUUGCUGGUAUGUAGAACAUAUCAGCAGAUGUCUGUGGUUAUGGGGACCUAUUUAGACUUUUAGUCUUUCUAUGAAUGCCAAAUGGAAACAUUUUACUUUCCGAAUUAUUCAGUCAGGGAAAAACAACAGAUCUGAAGAUCCAACGAUUUGCAAAGACGUGAUUCUGUUCAGAGCAGUAUUUCAUUAUUGCGGCAUUUCUCAUACAUUUCCAGUGAAUAUAAAGAGAAAUGUACAGUUUUACAAUAAACAUGCCACGAAUGUGUUUUACAAUAGGUUUUUUUUUGUCUCUUGCUGCACAUUACCAUGAAGAACAAACCAAAAGAUGAUUACUACUGAGUUAAAAAAAAAAGUAUCCUAAUAUAUUUCAUUCAUCAGUAUUAAUAAUACUGAGUUCUGGGGAAUGAUUACAUUAUUUCACUUUCUAUGAAUAUCAACUACUCGCUACCACUCAAGUUCACAUUUCCCCCUUUCUUUGGAUGUGUUUUUAAUAAUGUAUUUAAUAAAAUAAAGCCUGAUUUUACCCGCUA